AUCUCUCUUGCCGUAGUUGUUUGGAAAACGUGGUUGAUUUUGUCAGAUGUGUGUCUGGAUGUCCACCCGGCAUUAGACAUCCCUUCUCACUUCUACACCACAGUAAAUUCAUAAACCUCAACACCAGUAACAAGACUACGAGGAGCCAAUGGCAGAACAGGCUCCGUCUGUCGCCAGGGAGGCGGUCCUCAAGGAGAGCUCCGCCCUCCCCGAGAACAUGCAGCAAAUCAAAGGCUACGAUUUCAACGAGGGGUUGGACCGCCGAGCGCUGAUGCAAUCUUUUCUCUCCACGGGCUUCCAGGCCAGCAGCUUUGGACUGGCAGUGCAGGAGAUCAACAAGAUGAUUGAGAAGCGUCUGGAGGCGGGGCAGAGUGAAGAAGGAGCCAAUGAGAGUGAAGUGGGGGCGGGGCAACCGGGCUGCACCAUCUUCCUGGGUUACACCUCCAACCUCAUCAGCUCUGGAGUCCGAGAGAGCAUACGCUACCUAGUGCAGCACAACAUGGUGGAUGUGAUCGUCACCACAGCAGGUGGUAUUGAGGAGGACUUCAUUAAGUGUUUGGCUCCGACGUUUCUGGGAGAUUUCAGCCUGCCAGGCAAAGAGCUCAGACAGAGGGGCAUCAACAGGAUAGGUAACCUGUUGGUGCCUAAUGAUAACUACUGUAAGUUUGAGGACUGGCUGAUGCCCAUACUGGAUCAGAUGGUGGACGAACAGAUGAACGAGGGCGUGCACUGGAGUCCCUCCAAGAUGAUCCACAGGUUGGGCAAAGAGAUCAACAACCCAGAAUCUGUCUACUACUGGGCUUACAAGAAUGACAUCCCCGUCUUCAGUCCCGCCCUGACUGACGGUUCUCUGGGCGACAUGAUCUACUUCCACUCAUACAAGAAACCCGGACUCAUACUGGACAUAGUGGAGGACAUCCGCAGGUUGAACAGCAAGGCUGUGUUUGCCAAGCGCACCGGCAUGAUCAUCCUGGGAGGGGGACUAGUGAAGCACCACAUCUCUAACGCCAACCUGAUGAGGAACGGUGCGGACUAUGCGGUGUUUGUGAAUACGGGUCAGGAGUUUGAUGGUUCUGAUUCCGGAGCCCGACCUGAUGAGGCUGUCUCCUGGGGAAAGAUACGCAUGGACGCCAAACCUGUCAAGGUGUAUGCAGAUGCCACUCUGAUCUUCCCCUUGCUGGUGGCCGAGACCUUCGCUGCUCACGCCGACAAACUCAUCACACAACAGCAGUAGCAACAGCAAUAGCAUACUCUCUCUCUCUUUAUCUCUAUCUCUCUAUCUCUCUCUCUCUCUCUCUAUCUCUCUCUCUCGCUCUCUCGCUCUCUGUCUCUGUCUCUCCCUCUCGCUCUCUCUCCUUAGAGGGGUGUGUUUGCACACCCCUGUCUUUGCCUAUCUUUGUGUAAGUGAUGGAAAGUGUGUGUGUGUGUGUGUGUGUGUGUGUGUCUGUGUGUGUGUGUGUGUGUGUGUGUGUGUGUGUGUGUGUGUGUGUGUGUGUGUGUCUGUGUGUCUGUGUGUCUGUGUGUCUGUGUGUGUGUGUGCGUGUGCUUAUUCAUGGGUGGGGACUUAGGGUGUGUGUGUGUGUGUGUGUGUGUGUGUGUGUGUGUGUGUGUGUGUGUGUGUGUGUGUGUGUGUGUGUGUGUGUGUGUGUGUGUCUGUGUCUGUGUGUCUGUGUGUCUGUGUGUGUGUGUGCAUGUGCUUAUUCAUGGGUGGGGACUUAGGGUGUGUGUGUGUGUGUGUGUGUGUGUGUGUGUGUGUGUGUGUGUGUGUGUGUGUGUGUGUGUGUGCGUGCACGCUUGUGCUUAUUCAUGGGUGGGGACUUAGGGGGUUUUGGGUUCUUGUGCCAGGCCAUGUUCUAGCUGGGAAAAUAUAUUUUAUUUUUGCUUUUAAAGAGAAGACAGUGACAUGGUACAAAUGCACUUUAGCUGUUAGUGCGCGUAUGUGUGCGUGCGUGCGUGCGUGCAUGUGUGUGUGUGUGUGUGUGCGCGUGUGUGUGUGUGUGUGUGUGUGUGUGUGUGUGUGUGUGUGUGUGUGUGUGUGUGUGUGCGCUUUGAUGUGGAGCUGUUGGCCAAAGCCCAAGUAAUCAUGUGUA